UGCACCAUAUAUUAUGUAAGAAUGGAAAUUUUGUUUUGAUAUAUGACUUCUUAUUUUUCACGCUUUAAGAAUUUUAUUGGCGUAUUGUAUUACUCAAUAUUAUUUUUAUGUUAUUUUAUGCUAAUUCAUUGCAUAGUUGUUAUACUAAUUCAUUGCAUAGUUGCUAUACUAAUUCAUUACAUAGCUGUGUUAAUUAGGGAAAGCUAAGGAAUCCCCCCAUAAAUUAAGUAUGAACCCUGAAACUAUAAAUCAAACUGUGUGUUGUUUAUUUCUACGUGAAAAGCACAAAUAUUACUAAAAAGAAUGUAUGUUACCAGCAAAGGAAUGUAUGUUAUGUUUUUCUGGAAGAGAGGUUGUCCUCCAGUGGAUCCCUGGCCAUUGUGGCAUUUACGGAAAUGAACGGGCCGACAUGUUGGCUAGAGAGGCUUCAGCAUUGCAUACAUCUUCUCAUCCAGUUCCCCUCAGAAAUGCAAGGCGGCUUCUUAAGAGCAAAUUCAGGCGCAGAACAAUAUCUGCUCUUAGGGACUUAGCUGAUGGAAAAUCCUGGGCUAGCCUUCUUGAUGACCAGCAGCGCUCUCACCUUUCCCUCCUUCCCAGAGCUGAGGGAGUUGCUUGCCUUAGAUUAAUUACUGGACAUGACUACUUGCAGGCCCAUUUAUUUAAAAUUAACCUGGUCAAUUCACCUCUUUGCGUGUUCUGCAACACUUCGCCUAUGACUGGGGAGCAUCUGUUUGAUUGCCCCUCUCUUCUUGGCAUUCGUUCCUGUGAUGACUUUUGCGCCCUCUCAUCUUCUGGAGCUACUUCAGUGUUUUGGACUCCAAGGAUGUCUGAGAAGACGAUGGCGGGCGUAAUUUAAAAAAAACAAAACCCAACAAAGCUGGAAAUCUGGCAUUGUAUAAAUUUCCAGAAUAGAUUAAAUGAUAACACAAUAUGCUCAUCGCCUAGGCAUUCUAUAUUAUACCAAAUGGAAAGCCAGCAAAGUAUGAAAAAUAAUUGUUUCAUACUUUUAAUUAGUAUUAUAGUUUAUUAGCUUUAGUUGAAAGUAAUUUCUUCUGGUAAUAAGAUGAUUUAUUUAGUUUAGUUGUCUUUAAGAAAGGCGUUCGUUUUUAAUAAUCAUUGUAUUUCAUGCUUUACCUUAAAAGCAUGUGUUAUUAAUAAUUUAAUUCACCAGGAUACUAACAUGGCAGAGAUGAGCGGUAAUCACUUGCUCGCUAAAUCCUUCAUUGAUGCAAUUCUAAAGUAAAAGAUUAUUGGUAAUAAAAGGUGCAGAAAAUACCCUGUUGACCUUCCAAAUUGGAUACAAUUAAUAGUAACCAAAUGAGUUGAUUAAGUAAAAUUUACGUCUUAUAAAAAAUUGAUUUAUCAAAUGGAGAAAAUAUUAUUUUCUUUUUCUUUUAAACUUAUUGAUA